AAUUGAAGAUGCCACAUUGAAGAGAGGAACAAAAAGGCGACCUGACAGCGGUAUCUGCACUUCCUCCACUUUCUCCGGGGUUGUCACGGGAUUUCAAUGUUCAGCCUGCUCUUUGGUUUCUGUGUUGACUUCAACCGUACCUAUAUGGCGUGUGUGACCGGAGAAUUCUGCCAGGCACAGCACCUCACCUCUGUGGAGAAGUGAAUCGGCCGCCCCGUCAGGGACUACGCUACCCAGAAACCCCCUUGAUUUGCAGCACAAAAGGAACUGCUGACUUUUUCCAAAAGACCUCGUGGGAUAUUGCGUAGUCCUUGGCCUGACAGCACCGUCCUGUCGCAACCAAUACGAAAAAAUAUUUGCUUUCUACUUUCUCCUUUAAUAGCCAAUCACAAACAGCUCUCCUGAAUGGGCCGUCUUGCCAACAUGAACCGCCCCGCUGCAGUCGAGAUUACCUACGAGUGCAUGAGGUUCCUCAUCACCCACAAUCCCACCAAUGCCACGCUCAACAAGUUCACAGAGGAGCUGAAGAAGUUUGGGGUGGACACACUGGUGAGAGUUUGUGACGCCACCUACGAUAAGGCUCCAGUAGAGAAAGAGGGGAUACAAGUAUUUGACUGGCCCUUCGAUGACGGAGCCCCUCCUCCCACGCAGAUUGUGGAUGACUGGCUCAAGCUGCUCAACACCAAGUUCCGAGAGCAUCCUGGCUGCUGCGUUGCUGUGCACUGUGUGGCAGGCCUAGGCCGAGCUCCAGUCCUGGUGGCCUUAGCCCUCAUCGAGGGAGGAAUGAAGUAUGAGGAUGCCGUGCAGUUCAUAAGGCAGAAGAGACGUGGAGCCUUCAACUCCAAACAGCUGCUUUACCUCGAGAAAUACAGACCCAAAAUGCGUCUGAGGUUCAAAGAUACCAACGGCCACAACUGCUGCGUGCAGUAGGCUGCCCAUCAGUGCAUCAGUUUAAUGUGCAUCUAGUCUGGAAUCUUCCAACACAAGGAGAUUUAAAAAAAAAAAAAAGAAAAAAAAGAAGAGUAAUUAUUGUGAUUUCUAAACAGUGAAUCAUGGUUAAUUGAUCAGAGAGCAAUGGAACGAUCAAACGAAACUAAAUCUGGGGAUCCACCAGCUGAAACAACGAAUGGAAGGUCAAAGCACACAGAAGGGCCCGCCUCCCGGUUCUACUGUACAACCACGGGCCUGAUUUUUUCCACGAGUCCAUCCUCCUUAUAUUUUUUUUCUUACUAUUUUUAUUUCAGUUGUAAUUAUGGGAUAAUACCUUCCAUUAUGUGAAUUUUUAUUUUUUACACAAAUGUCAUAAUUACUUUUUUAAUGUCCUCUAAUUAUUACAACGAUCGGGCCUUUUUAAAGAAAACAAAACAUUGAACACUUCGUGACUGUCUUUUAUUAUUAUUUUCAGUUUUUUUUUGUUUUUUUUUUUUGCACAGAACUUGAAAGAUUCACCUGAAAAAUGCAGUAAUGUUUUCCUUGUACUCUUCACUCGCUUUAAGUCACUUUUGAAUUAAGGGGUUCACUGAGUGUGAAUGUCGAUAUUUAUUCACAAAGAAACGUGUGGCAGUUUUUUAGUUUGGCAGGGUGCAAGGACCAGUAGGUUUAUUUUUAAUUUUAUUUUAUUUUUUCAUUGUUUGAGCCUUUUUUUUUUUUCCUCCUCUUUGAAAUCUUGGAGUGCAAUAAUCAGUCCACCUCAGAUACACUCAAACCCUGUUGAACAUCUCACACACACACACAUACUUAUACAUUUCAAACAAAAGAACUGCUCCACCUGGUUUUCCUCCGGUUUUUAAUCAUUCUACCUACAGAACGAGCGGGAAGUCUCCUCAGGACGUCCCCAAAAUAUGCACACUUAAACUCGUAAAUACAGAGCCUUAGCUCCAAUGUGACAGGCAGGGUGGAGAAGAAUGAAAAUGGUCAGUUUUUUUAAUCAUUGUACCCAUUUUGGAAACAUCCCCAAUUCGUAUUGGUUCUUUAAAAAUAAAUACAUUGAAAUAAACAAA